AUGGAUAAUUAUGUAAGUAAUAGUUGCCAAAAUGAUCAUAUAUUCAAAGAUAACAAAAAUAGCAAUUCAGUAUCAAAUUUUUCUACGGGAGAGUCAACUAUAGAUGGAAUAAAUUCUUCAAUAAAAAACUCAGUAAUUUCUAAUUCAAAUAAAAAUAUAAGAUCAUAUGAAGAUAUGCCAAACUCAGUUCCAAAUGAUAAAUACUCAAACAUUAACUCAAAUUCAAUGAACACAAUAAUGAAUAAUGGUAAUAUGAGAGACAUGUCUCUAUACGGUGAUAUUAUUGAUUCUGAAAAUUCUAAUAUAAAAAAUAUGGCAUCUAAUUAUUUAAAUCAUGUUAAUAAUAAAAAUAUUUCAUGUCCUCCUUAUUUAAACAAUUCAAAUAACGUUAAUGUACCAAAAAAUAAUAGCUUUAAUUCCAAUUCAAAUAGUAAUGCAACUAUUAGUAUAACAAACAGUUUAUUAAAUAAUGAACAGAAUAUGCAAAUGAGACAACAUUUAGGGAUAAAUAAAAAUUGUGGUGCAUUGCAUGACUCUUAUCAAAAAUCUCUUUUAUCUUCAUAUGGAAUGAGCAAUGUUCCAUUAUCAUCAAUAAACCCACUUAUGAAUAAUUCAAUGAAUAGAUAUAACACUAUGAAUUAUCCACUUCAAGAAAUGAAUCAAAAUGCGCAUUUGAAUAAUGUUAAAUCAUCCGUGCAGAGUAACGAUAUAAAACAAAAUAACAAAGAUCAAAACUUUAUACCACAAAAUAAUUUAAAACAGAAUAAUUUUAUGGGAAACAAUAUGUGCAUAAAUUAUCCAAGAAAUGAUAUGACAUUACGAAAUAAUUCAGCCCCUUUUAAUAUGCAUGGAAAUUUCUAUCCAUAUAUGAAUAAUGGAUUUUAUGGUUCAUCCAAUUGCUUUAAAUCAAAUACAAAUAUAAUUAACAAUACACCAUUAAGUAAUAGUAAUUCUAUUAAUAAUACGUCAUCUUAUGAGAAUGCUACAAGAACUAGUAAUAAUAGUAACAGCAAUUUUUCCAAUAAUUUAAACACAGCAAAUUAUGGAGAAACAAAUUGUAACAGCAUGAAUAUUUUAAAUAAAGGAGGAAAUAUAGAAAAAUCGGUACAAAUGAAACCUUUACCAAAUAAUAUAAAUUCUAAUAAUGUAAAUACCAGUAACAGAAAUUCCGGCAAUCUAAGUAAUAGCAAUACUAUUAAUUCUAACAACAAUAACUUAAAUACAAAGGGUUUAAAUGCAAAUAAUAUUAGUAAAAACGGUGUUGAUACAUCAGGUAUUCCUAAUAAUGUUAUUAUGAAUAUGGUUAAUAAUAAUGUUAUUUUAAAUAAUAAAAUGAUUAAUAAUAUGAUGAUAAAUAAUAAUAAAAAUAUGAACAAUUUUAUUUCUAGUAAUAAUGUGAAUAUGAAAUCAAUGAAUGUUUGUGGCAUUCCACCAUAUAUAAUAAAUAAUUCAAUAGAUAAACAAAAUACUUUAACAGAUGUUAAUAGUAUGAGAUAUCAUAUGAAUAUGUAUAAUAAAAUACCUUAUAAUAAUUUGAAUGAUUAUCAAUAUGAUCAUCAUCCUUCCAUGAAUGUUACGACACAAAAUGAUAAUAUUACAAAAGAAAAAAAUACAAAAGAAGAAAAAUUAGAAAGUGAAAGUUGUUCUACAUUAAAUGAAGUCAGUAACUCAUUGUCUUCUAAACCAAAAAAAAAUAAAGGAGACAAUUUUGCUUCUAGUGGAAUGAUGAAUAAUGACCCAAUUUCAUAUAAAAAAUAUAAAUGUAAUGAUAUAGAAGGAAAUAAUCAAACAAAGGAUAUAAAAAAUGAAAUAAAAGAUACAAACAUAAAUAGUAAUGAAAAUAUUAAUAAUAUAAAUUCUACUAAUCCAUAUACUUUAUUUCCAAAUUAUAAUGUAAAAUAUCCAGUGAAUGUUGAUAUGUUUAAUAAUAUUAAUUCUUUUAAUAUACCAAAUAAAAAUAAUAUUAAUAAUACCUUUCAAAAUCUAAAUAUCAUUAACAAUAUAAAUGAUAUAAAUACUUAUAAUAAUAUGAACAAAUUAACAAACAUUAAUAACUGUAAUAUUAUAAACACAUAUAAUGAUAAUAGAUUUAAUACUUUGAAAUCAAUGGAAAAUAUGAAAACAUAUAAUGAUCCUAUUAUGAAUAAUAAUCAUAGUAACAGUAAUUUAAAUAAUAUUAUAAAUAUUAAUAAUAUAAAUAAUUUUAACAAUAUGAAUUAUAUAAAUAACGGAAAUUAUACUAAUGACAUUAAUAUGAGAAUGCUAAAUAGAAAUAUACAUACUAAUAUUAAUUGCAAUAAUAAUAACAAUGAACAUCUCCUGAAUGCAAAUGAAUUAAAAAAUAGUAAAAAAUAUUUAAAGAAAACUUCGUUAGGAAAACAAGUAUCUAAAUCUAAAAAGUCUAUAACUCAAAAGAAAAAAAAAAAAAAUGUAACCAAUUCAUAUGAUAGUGAUGAUGAUGAUGAUAAUGAUUUGUAUGUUAAUUCAUAUGUAAAAAAAGUUACAACAAAAACAAGUAAAAAAUUUUAUUAUGAUAAUACAGAAGAUAAAUAUAAUGAAAAAAUGCGUCGAAAUGAAAAAAAUGAUAUUUUUGUUUCUCCAAACAUUGGUACAGUAGAAGGAAGAGCUAAUUUAAGAGAGAGAAGAAAAGUAUAUAAUUAUGCUGAAAUUGAUAACUAUUUUGAAACAGAUGAAGAAGACAAAAAAAUAGAUGAAGAAAAAUAUUUGCUAAAGCAAGAAAAACAAAGUAUGGGAGGAAUAGAUAAGGUGUUGUGUCAUAGAAAAAUAAUAGAUUAUAAUAAUUUAAAUAAUAUUACUAAUAAUCCAUUUUUAUAUAUAAAUAAAAAAAAAAAAUCAGAAACAGAUCAAAAUGAUAAUAAUGAAAAUGCAAAAGAAAGCACGAACAUUGAAAACGAAAAUGAAAACAAUAAUGAAAACAAUAAUGAAAAUAUAAAUAAUAGUGACCCUUCUAAUGAAAAUAAAUUAUCAAAUGUGGAAAAUGAUGAUAAUGCUGUUGAUGAAUAUUAUGAAGAAGAAGAUAUAGUUGAUAUAAAUGAAGUUGAAUUUUUGAUAAAAUGGAUUGGAAAAUCUCACAUUCAUAAUUUUUUUUGUACCUAUGAAUAUUUAAAAAAUUUUAAUGGUUUAAAAAAAGUAGAUAAUUAUAUUAAAAAAAUAAAACAAUCUUUUCAAAAAAGAAAAUAUAUGACUCCAGAUGAGAUAGAACAAGAAAAAAUUUAUUCAGAAAUAAAAAAACAAAUAGAAAUGGAUGCAAUUCACGCAGAGAGAAUAGUGACUCAUGAUAUAAAUGAAAAUACUAAUGAACAAAUAUUUUUAGUUAAGUGGAUGAGUUGUUCAUAUGAUCAAUGUACAGAAGAAACGAGGCAGACAUUAAUUGAUCAUGGUUUUGAAAAAUUAAUUGAAGAAUAUUUUGACAGAGAAAGUAAAAUAUGUGGAAAUAAAGCAAUGUCAAGUAUAUGGAAUAGAGGUCCUUUAACAGCUACAAAAUUUGACCCAUAUAAUGAAACUCCAUUCUAUUUGAACAAUAAAAAAUUAAGACCUUAUCAAUUAACAGGACUUAACUGGAUUGUUAGUAGAAUGAAGAGAAAUUUAAGUGUAUUAUUAGCAGAUGAAAUGGGUCUAGGUAAAACUGUGCAAACUAUAGCUGUUAUUGGUCAUAUGUUAUAUAAAGAAAAAUUAAUAGGGCCAUACUUAAUAAUUGUUCCUCAAUCCACUGUUGAUAACUGGCUAAAUGAAUUCAAAAGUUGGUUACCUCAAGCAAACGUCGUAUGCUAUCAUGGAAAUGCUGUAAGCAGAGAAUUAAUUAGAACAUAUGAAUUAAAGAAAGUAUAUGUUCCAAAUAAAGGAUAUAGAUACAAAUUUGAUGUGUGUAUAACUACUCCUUCUAUUUUAAAUAGUAUAAAUGAUGUAGAAUUAUUAAAAAAAAUGCCUUGGCAAUUAAUGGUUGUUGAUGAAGCACAUCAAUUAAAAAAUAGACAAUCUAAAAGAUUUAUUGAAUUAAAACAAUUUAUGGCAGAGUCCAAACUUUUAUUAAGUGGAACCCCGUUGCAUAAUAACUUAGAAGAGUUAUGGACUUUGUUACAUUUCUUGAAUCCUCAACAGUAUACAUACUAUGAAACCUUUCAAAAAAAAUAUAAUGAAAUUGAAAAUACUAGUUUAAUUGGGGAAGCAAAACAAAAACAAUUAAUACAAUUACAACAUGAGUUGCACGAAGUUAUUUUAAGAAGAGUUAAAAAAGAUGUAGAAAAAUCUCUUCCAAAUAAAGUGGAAAGAAUAUUAAGGGUAGAAUUAUCUCCUAUACAAAUUGAAUAUUAUAAAAAUAUUUUAACAAAAAACUAUGAGCAGCUAGCUAAAGCAUCAGGAGGUGCAAAGAAUUCUUUGCAAAACAUAUGUAUGGAGUUAAAGAAGGUUUGUAAUCAUCCAUUUUUAUGUUGUGAACCAGUGGAUAAAGAUGAAUAUAGAGAAAGAUUAGUUUAUUCAAGUGGAAAAAUAUGUUUAUUAGAGAAAUUGUUAAAUAGGCUAAAAGAAAGAGGAAAUCGUGUUUUAAUAUUUUCUCAAAUGGUUAAGAUGUUGAAUAUUUUAAGCGAAUAUUUAACAUUAAGAGGUUUUAAGCAUCAAAGACUAGAUGGAACUAUGACAAAAGAAAUGAGAAAAAAAGCUAUGAAUCAUUUCAAUAGUAAAAAUUCUGAUGAUUUUGUAUUUUUAUUAUCUACCAAAGCAGGUGGUUUAGGUAUAAAUUUAACAUCAGCAGAUACAGUUAUUAUAUAUGAUUCUGAUUGGAAUCCUCAAAAUGAUUUACAAGCAGGUGCUAGGGCACAUCGUAUAGGUCAAACAAAAACUGUUCAAAUCUAUCGUUUAGUUACAAAGGAUUCUAUUGAACAAACCAUUUUAGAAAGAGCAAAAGUAAAAAUGGUAUUAGAUACUUUAGUUGUUCAAGGGUUAAAUAAAAAACAAAAUGAUAAUGUUAAUUAUAUUGGAGGAGAAAGUGGAAAUGCUAAUGGAUUUACGAGAGAAGAAUUAUCCAAAAUUUUAAAGUUUGGCGCACAAAAAUUAUGGGAACAGAAUAGUUCUAAAUACUCACCUCAAAAAUUAGAUGAGGAUAAAAAUAUAAUAAAAGGAGUGGAUGUAGAUCUAGAUAAAAUUUUAGAAGAAGCAGAAAUUAAUGAAAAUGCUAGUAAUGCUAAUAUUUCAAAUAAAGAAUUAAAUUUUAAUUCAGAAUUAAAUGGAUUGCAAAAUGCUAAUAAUUUUUUCAAUAGUAGUAACAAUUUAUUUGGAAACACAAAUGCUUCAGGUACAACCGGUGGAGGGAUAGCAGAUGAUUUAUUAAGUUCCUAUAAUAACAUUACUGAAUUUAAAUAUGAACCACCAGCAAAUUUAAAAAGCAAUAUAUACAAUGAUUCCACAAAAGCAGAUGAAAUAGAUGAAGAAGAAAAUGAUAAAGAUUUUUGGGAUAGAACUAUUCCAUUAGAAGAAAGACUAAAACUAAAAAGAAUGAAAGAAGAAGAAUUAUUAGUACAUGGACCUAGAAAAACAAGAGCUAAAGAUAUGAAAAAUGUAAUGGAAAUAGAUAAUAGUAAUGCUAAUAAUGCAAAUGAUGAUGAUGAUAGUGAAGAGUAUACUAUUAAAUAUAAUGACAAAAAUAAAAAUAUGAAGAAAAAAAGGAGGAGGAGGAGAACAGCUACACAUAUCACUGAAAAAGAUAAAUUUCGUUUAUAUAGGUCUUUAUUAAAAUUUGGAAAUCCAUAUCUACGAUUGGAUGAUAUACAGGAAGACUCAAAGUUAACGAAAGUAGAUAAAAAUGUUAUUCUAACUGAGUUGAAUAUCAUUGUAGAUACAUGUAAGCAAAUAGUUGAAAAAGUAUCAAAAGAAAAUAAUGAAAAUUUAGAAACAACUAAACUUGAUAAGUGUUCCACUGAAUGUAAUAAUGUUUCAUUAAAAGAAAAGGAGGAAGAGCAAAAUAUAACUAUGGAUAGUAAUAACUUAACAACCAUUUCUUGUGGUGAUUCAAAUAAUAACAAAAAAGAGAUUAACGAGGAAGAUAAAAAAAAUGAAAAUGAUAACAAAAAUGAAAACAACAGAAUGGAAAAUGAAAAUGUUGACAAUAAUUCAGAUAAAAAUAAUAAUAAUGAAGAAAAUAAUUCAAUAAACAAUAAAGAUGAAUCAAUUGAAACAACGAAAGAAAUAGCAGAAGAUGAAAAUGUAAGAACGAUUAAAGAAGAUAAUAUAAUUUCUGAAUCUAUUGUAAAAGAGGAAAUAAAUGAUGAAGAUGUGAAAAACGAAAUAAUUAAUAUGCCUAUAAAAAAUGAAGUAAAUAAUGAAGAUAAAAAUGAAACAAUGGAAAAUGAUGAAGAAAAUCUUAAAGAUAAUAGUACAAUAGUAGAACAAAAAGAAGAAAAGAACAAAAAUAGUAAAAAUAUAAUAAAUAAAAAAAGAAGAGGGGUUAGUUUAUCAAAAGAUAACAUAAAAACAAAUGAAAAAAUAAAAGAGGAAAACAACAGUGAAGUAGUUGAAGAAGUAGAAGAACAGAACUUAGAUGGAUUAAAUGUUAAAAACAAUUACAAUUCUAAUGAUGAAAGUGAUUUCAAUGCUAAAAUCAAAGGAUUAGAUAAAGGAAAGAAAAUAGAUGCAUAUACUUUUUUUAUAGGAACAAAUAGAGCAAAUGCAUUAGACUUAUGUCAACGAUUAAAAUUAUUUAAAUGUUUGCAUAAUUUUAUUAAAAAGCAAAAUAAUGAUAAUGAAUAUAGUUUUAAAUUGCCAUUAAAAAAAAAUGUACCUUUAAACAGCGAAGAUAAAAAUCAGAAAAAUAAUAAAACUAAACAAAAAAAAGAAGAAACAAACAGCAUUACAACUACAGAUUCUUCAAAUGAUUACCUAAAAUUAAAAUUACCUGAUUGCAUAUUUUAUCAUUUAAGAGAUUUGACAUCAAAAGACGUAAAGUCAUGGUCAAGAGAAGAUGACGAGAAUUUAAUCAGAGGAAUUUAUGUAUACGGUUUUGGGUCAUUUAACGAAAUUAGCUCUGAUGUAAAUUUAAAUUUGUCACAUUUAAAAAAUAUAAAGUGUGAUAAAGUUAAAAUGAGAUGCGUAAGAAUAUUAAAAUUGAUUGAAGAAAUGUACUCAAAAAAUAAUGAUCAAACUGGUAAUAAAAAAAGGAGAAGAAUGAAAUUUAGAAAUAACAAAAAUGAAUCAAAAAAUCAAUUAAAAAUUAGCAAUUUUGCAAAAUCUGAGGAAAAUAUUACUAAUAAAGUAAAUAACAAACAAGGAUAUAACAAAAAGAAUCAUGGAAAAAUGAGGGCUGCAAAUUUACGUCAAGAGAAUGAAAUAAAAACAAAAGAGGAAGGAGAAAUAAAAAAAGAAGAAGAUGAUGUGAAUGGUGACAGUGAAUAUGUUGAUAAUAAUACGUCAGCACAAGAAAAGAAAAAAGUGCAAUCAACAAUAUUAUUGAAUGAAGACAAUAAAGAAAAAAAUAAUAAUUUGAAUUAUGAUUCAUCCGCAGGUUCCUCUUCAAAUGAAAAUAAAAGUAAUUGUGCUAAGGAUGAUGAGGAUAAUUUAAUAAAAGAUGAUAAUGAUAAUCAGGAAAAUAAUAAAUAUUCAUAUGAUGAAAAAAAAAAAAAAAAAAAAAAAAGAAAAAUUCAGAAAGAUAACGAUGCCAAUGUAGAAAAUGAAGUAUUGCAAUCAAAUGAAGAUUUAGAAGAUGAUUUUGAAGAAGAGGAAGGUGAUGAGAAAAAGAGAGAAAAAAAAAAUGUUAAGAAGAAAAAAAAAAGAAAAAUGUUAGAUAAUGAAAUUGAAUAUAAAAUAAAAAAUUGUAAUUUAAAAGAGAUGGAUCAAUAUAGUAUAAAUAAAUUGGCAAAAAAAUCUGUAAAAAAAUACAAAAAAUUAUUAAAAAUUGUAAAAAAAGUUUUAUCUAAUGAGACUGCUGAAGAUGAAAAAAUUAUUAAUUCUUCUGAAAUUUCUGAAAAAGUUGAUGAGCUUAUUAUUUUUAUUGGUAAACAUAUUGAAAAGUUAUCUGAAGAAUGUCAAGAUAAAGAAUGUAAAGAAAUUUUUAAUAAUUCUAUCUGGGGAUAUAUAUCAAAAUUUAUUUGUGAAAGUAGUCAAAGUUUAAGAGAAAAAUAUGAACAUAUAAAAUUAUCUAAAGCAACGAGCAGCAUAUCAGAAGAAAAUUUGUCAUCUUUUUUUUAUUCAAAAAAAAUUUCUAACAUACAACCAUAUGAUCAAGAGGAAAAUAAAACAGAACAGUCUUCCAUAACUAAUCACGAUAUAUUAGGAAAUUCAAUUACAAAUGAAAAUGAAAAAACAAAACAAUUAUCAUAUGAUGCGGGUAAAGAUUUAUUAGACACUAAUGAAUAUAAUGAAAUACAUACAGAAAAUACGGAAGAAAUCGAAGAAAAAGAAAAAAAUGAACAGAAUGAAAAAGAACAAAAAAAUGAGAAAGAAAACUAUUCAAAUGAGCAAAAUGAACAAACAUAA